AUGCUUAAAUGUCCAGAAUUAGAGGGCAAUGAAGUGGAUUUACAAACAAUUAUUAAGUCAAUGUCUGCAAUAAAUUCAAAGUUAAAAAUCAAUUGUAAAUCGCAAGAAAUGGAGAAUGAAUUUCAAGAUUUCUCAGAGGUGGCAUUGAAGCAUGAAAAUUUGGAGAAAACAGACGACACGAGUCAUUGCAUCGAAUUUCGAGAAGAUCAAUCAAUUUAUUCAUUCAUCCAAACAUAUUUUGACAAUGGCGUGGAGGUUUACUUGUUACUCUUCCAAUUGAUAUCAAUGACAGUCGGUUUUAUGCUUUCAAACCUUCUCAAAUAUGCAUACAUGGUCAAAAGUGUCAUCGCAGCAUUCUUCAAAGCUCUCUUAAAACCUCGUGAGACGACUUCGGAUUCUGAAUUGGAAUGGGAAGAAAAAAUCGCUCUAAAAUUUCAAGGAUCUCUUUUCAUUUAUUUUCCUAUGGCACUCUCAGCUGUUUUGUAUGUUUGCAUUUGGCUGGUGAUACUCACGAUUCGUCUUUUAUUUCUUAAAGUUCCCACGAAAAUUCCUUGCAUCAAAACUUUUUAA